CUGCUGCGCCCGCUCCAGCCUGGAAAGGGCGGGAAGGGCCCCUCGAGGCGGCGGCGCUCUUCCUGGGGGCGAGACCGGAGAAGGGGCCGGCGUCGCUCGCCUCCGCUGCUGCGGGAAGAUGGCGGCCGAGGAAGCGGCGGUGCUGAUAUCGCCCCCGCCGCCUCCCUCCCCGGAGGGGGGACCCUUGGAAGACGGGGAGGGGGAGGAAGAAGAGGAGGAGGAGGAGGAGGAAGAGGAGGAAGAAGCGGAGCUCAAUAGCAUGGAUGGCUCUGGGAAAAAAGAAGUCCCCAGACCAGAUGUGGAAAUAAUAGAAGAAGUAAAAACCAAAAAGGAAGAAAUGAAGCAAGAGUGUAUACAAGAGCCGAACAGUGUCCUGUUGGAUGCAUCAUCUGAAUCCCCAAGAGAGAAACAUAUUUCAAUUCAGAGGACACUUGCUGAUUUAGAGAAACUGGCUGAUCUGAAGGAAGGUUGCCUGAUCCCAGCAGGUACCCAGAAUACAGACCAACAAGUGGCAGAUGGCAAGAAGUCUUGUCCACUGUGUCCUGAAGAGAAGUUCAAAGCUUGUUACGGACAUAAGCUCCAUCGCCACCUUCAGAAUCUGCACUGGAAAGUUUCAGUUGAAUUCGAAGGCUACAGGAUGUGCAUCUGCCACUUACCUUGUCACCCUGUGAAACCAAACGUUGCUGGAGAUCAGGUCAUAAAGAUGGGGGCUCAUUAUCACUGCAUUAUCUGUUCAGCAACAAUUACUCGAAGGACUGAUAUGAUUGGGCAUAUUAAGCGCCAUGUCAAUAAAGGGGAAACAGAAUCAAGGUUUAUUCCAGCCCCGGCUCCGAAGUCUACGUAUGAAGUACUGAAAGAGGCAGAUACAGAUGUACAAGUCCUCCCUAACUAUUCUACACCUCAGAAAACAGAUUCCUAUUUUAAUCCCAAAAUGAAACUCAACAGGCAACUUAUAGUCUGUGCUUUAGCUGUCCUGGCUGAGGAACGGAAGCCUUUGAAAUGCCUGGAUGCAUUUGGAGCCACUGGUAUAAUGGGGCUGCAGUGGGCAAAGCAUCUCGGAAGUUCCGUGAAGGUCACCAUUAAUGACUACAAUCAAAAUUCCGUGACAAUGAUACAGGAGAAUUGUCAUUUAAACAAGAUGAAAGUGGUGAUGAACAUCAAGGAGGAGGAGGACUGUGAGGAAGCCGUGGAAGAAGGGGAAGCGAACGUGCCCACGAUCGAGGUGACUCAAAUGGACGCCAACGUCAUCAUGCACUUGCGGGCGUUUGAUUUCAUACACUUGGACCCAUUUGGAUCAUCAGUGAAUUAUCUAGACGCGGCUUUCAGAAAUGUACGAAACCUCGGAAUUGUGUCAGUGACCUCUACAGAUAUCAGCUCUCUCUAUUCGAAGGCCCAGCACGUUGCCCAGCGUCACUACGGAUGCAACAUUGUCAGGACGGAGUACUUCAGGGAACUGGCUGCCCGGAUGGUAAUUGCCGCUGUGGCGAGGGCUGCCGCUCGAUGCAACAAAGGCAUUGAAGUUUUGCUUGCAGUGGCUCUGGAACAUUUUGUCCUAGUGCAGGUGAGGGUGUUGAGGGGACCUUCUCCAGCAGACGAUACGGUCAAGAAAAUUCGGUACCUAAUCCACUGUCAGUGGUGUGAAGAGAGGGUAUUCAAGAAAGAGGGCAACAUGAUAGAAGAGAACCCCUAUCGGCAGCUCCCGUGUGACUGUUACAGCCGCAUGACAGGCAAGACAGCGAAUGAACUUGGUCCUCUGUGGUCAGGAUCCCUCUUCAACACUGGGUUUCUCAGAAGAAUGUUGUUUGAAGCAGUCCAGUAUGGUUUAGAAGACAUCCAGACGCUUCUAAAAACACUAAUCUGUGAAGCGGAGUGCACAACACUGAAGCAGUUUUCAAUCCAUGGGCCUAGCAGCCAGAACAAACAAGAGGAAUGUGGUGUGUUUAUUAAGACACCAGAUGCUGCAGCAGAUUACUAUGUUGUACAUGGGAAAAGAAAAAGCAAUGAAAUAAGCCAAAACGGAGCAAAGCGCCGGAAGCCGGAGAGUACUGCGGAACAUCCUGCCUUUUAUUACAAUAUCCACAGACACAGCAUUAAGGGAAUGAAUAUGCCAAAGUUAAAUAAGUUCUUGCACUAUCUUUCCCAAGCUGGCUAUCGAGUAAGCCGAACUCAUUUUGACCCCAUGGGUGUUCGCACCAACGCUCCUCUGGUGCAGUUUAAAUCUAUUCUUGUAAAAUACAGCACUCCCACCUACAUGGGAGGGCAAGCUGAAGGCUCUCUGCAAGUUUCUGAGGAUUCCCAGGCAGGAGCUGAAGGAGACUUUGCCGAAGAAAGCGUGUGAAACGACACUUCUGGCAAAGGGCUUUUUUAAUUGAGCAUCCGUGUUCAAAGGUAGAGCUGAGCCAAGUCUCUCACCAUCGGUAAUUGUGUGUGUGGCUGCUCAGUGUUCCAGGGGAUCUUCCGAGAAAGAGAGGUGAACAGUUUUGUGUAUGUUCCAGUUACCAUCACAGUUCGGAACCGCCGCAGCUUAUUUUUAUCCAAUGCUUGCUUUUGCCUCAGGCACCCAUCCCAAGUUUCCCCAUUCUUGUAAUUCCCUGUUCAGAUGUAUAAUAUUAUGUUAAGAGGAUAAUAUAGUGGGGAGUUGCGAGGAUUCCAAGUGUGUUUAAGCACUGCUGGCACCUACCAAUAAAAGUGUUCUCUUUUA